CCCCGGCCGGGCGGGGGGCAGUGAGAGGGGUGGGGCCCUCCCCACCCAUCCCCCUCCUGUGGUGGGGGAGAGGGUUCGCUCUUAGUAACCCUUCAUAGAUUGGCCAAGAGAGACAUUGGAGGGUCCGAAGAGAGGAUACAGGGAGAAAAUUUGAAGGAACCUAUGCUAAACCAGAGGGUCCUCCUAGCCCCCCCCCUCCCAAAUUGAGCUGAAUGUAAAGAAAUGGAGAAGUCGAUAGGGAAGGUGAGAAGAAACUCUGCCCCCAUUGAGAUCCCCCUAAGAACUCCAUUGCGGUAGACAACUAGGGAUCAAGGAAGGAUCCCUUCCCGUCCAACAAGCUUCCUCCCUAAUUUUGGGGUGACCCCAGCGUGCAUCCCUGCAAUAACUAUGGGGGAGAGGGAAAUAGCGGGUCUAGGGUUCCGUGUUGCCCUUUUAAGCGCCCUCCACCCCGCCACCGCCUUGAGUUGUCCGCGGCCCCUUUAAGGCGCAGGGCAUUGUGGGUGCGGGGAGUGGAAUUUUGGAACGAAAUGUAGCGAAGAGAAGUACAGUAGUAAGAGUAACAUUGUAGCCGCCGCCGGCCGAGGGGCGCGCCGGGGAGGGGACGCCGCACCCCAUUUCUGCCGCAGGGACCCCCGAUCAAACCCCCACAGGGAGGAGGCGCCCGAAGACCCGCCCGGGCCGCGUCCACGUUCCCUCAGGAAGCCGGACUCUAUGGGGCGGGACCCUAGGGGAGACUGAGCAGAACCUGGAGCCAACCCCAAACCCCUGAACCUCGAGCCAGGGGCGCCCCAGGAGCACCCACCCUGUGGGUGCGCCGCCCGCCCGCCGAGCAGCCAUGAGCGAGACAGUUAUCUGCUCCAGCCGGGCCACUGUGAUGCUUUACGAUGACAGCAACAAGCGGUGGCUGCCUGCUGGCACAGGCCCCCAGGCCUUCAGCCGAGUCCAGAUCUAUCACAAUCCCACAGCCAAAUCCUUCCGGGUGGUCGGCCGGAAAAUGCAGCCAGACCAGCAGGUGGUCAUCAACUGUGCCAUCAUCCGGGGUCUCAAGUAUAACCAGGCCACCCCCAACUUCCACCAAUGGCGUGACGCCCGCCAGGUCUGGGGCCUCAACUUUGGCAGCAAGGAGGACGCCGCACAGUUUGCCUCUGGCAUGGCCAGUGCCCUAGAGGCAUUGGAAGGAGGUGGGCCUCCGGCACCACCACUACCACCGCCAUCGCAGUCACCAGCAGCACCUCCUAACUGGUCUGUCCAGAAUGGUCCCUCCCCAGAGGAGAUGGAGCAGCAGAAAAGGCAACCAGAGCACAUGGAGCGUGAGCGCCGGGUCUCCAAUGCAGGAGGCCCACCUGCUCCUCCAGCUGGGGGGCCACCCCCACCUCCAGGACCUCCCCCUCCUCCGGGUCCCCCCCCACCCCCUGGUCUGCCCCCAUCAGGGGCCUCAGCUAUGGGGCAAGGAGCAGGGGGAGGCCCUCCCCCUCCGCCCCCUCUCCCUACAACAGGAUCCAGUGGUGGAGGGACCGGGGCCCCUGGCCUGGCCGCAGCUAUUGCCGGAGCCAAACUCAGGAAAGUCAGCAAGGAGGAGGCCUCAGGGGGACCCUCAGCCCCCAAAGCUGAGAGCACUCGAAGCACAGGUGGAGGGCUCAUGGAAGAGAUGAAUGCCAUGCUGGCCCGGAGAAGGAAAGCUACACUAGUUGGGGAGAAACCCCCCAAGGAUGAAUCUGCCAAUGAGGAGCCAGAGGCCAGAGUCCCAGCCCACAGUGAACCUGUGCGAAGACCUUGGGAGAAGAACAGCACAACCUUGCCAAGGAUGAAAUCGUCUUCAGUGAUCACUUCCGAGGCCCACCCCUGUACACCCACCUCUGCUGAUGAGUCAGACCUGGAGAGGAUCAAACAGGAGCUUCUGGAAGAGGUGAGGAAGGAAUUGCAGAAAAUGAAAGAGGAAAUAAUUGAAGCCUUUGUCCAGGAGCUGAGGAAGCGGGGUUCCCCCUGACCACAGGGCCCCAGAAGAUCCCGUUUCUCCUUUCCACACACCCCGCCUGUCACCCUGCUUUCCCUGCCUCUACUUGACUUGGAAUUGGCUGAAAACUACACAGGAAUGCGUCUUCCCCACUCCCCAUCCCACUUGGAAAAUUCCAAGGGGGGUGUGACUUCCCUGCCACCAUGCCCACGCCCAUACUGGCUGCUGAUUGGCUGGGGAGGCCCCCACCCUUUGCUCCCUUUGGUCCUUCCUCUCUGCCAUCCCCUUGGGGCUGGUUCCUCUGCUGGGGAUGUACCAAUUAACCCCACGGUAAGGGUGAAGGAAGGAGGGAAUUUCACAUUCCCUUGUUCUAGAUUCACUUUAACGCUUAAUGCCUUCGAAUUUUUGUUUUUUUAAGAAAAAAAAUAUAUAUAUAUUUAGGUUUGGGGGGAAGGGGAAAUUUUUUUUCUCUUUGGUUUUGAUAAAAUGGGGUGUGGGGAGUUUUUAAAUGCUAUAGCCCCUGGCUUGUCCCAUUUGGGACAGCUAUUUAAGGGGGGGAAGUUCCACCAGGCUGGGGGUGCCUCUCCCCUAAUCCAGGGACCUCCCUCCCCUCUGGCUCCUUCCCCUUUUCUAUGAGGAAUUAAGAUGCUGUAACUUUUUGGAACCUCAGUUGUUUUUUUUAAUUUUGGUAGGUUUGGGGGUCCAGGCCAUUUGUACCCUCUUGGGGAAAAUUUAAAUGGGGGAAAAAGGAAAGGGGGAGGCAAGUUCCCCUCUCCCACCUUCACCUUUAGAUUCUUGAAAAUGGGCCCCUUCAGAAUAAAUCUGCCAGUUUUUAUAAAUGCUAA